AUGGCCGUCGCAAGCAGCUGGGGCCAUCACGAGCACUCCGUGCGGUUGGACGGUCGAGGCCCUAAUUAUGACUAUGAUGGAGGCAUGGGCAACACCUUCACCGCUGGCGGUGAUGUUUCCGCUGUCGCUGGAGCUGGCUACGAUUCCAGAGGUAAUCUUCGCAACGGAUUAGUUGCUUUGCUCUUAAGUGGUGAUAGUGGUGGCGGUGAUAGAGUCCGUGGUGGCGGUGAUGGAGUCCGUGGUGACGGCGAUGGAGUCCGUGGUGACGUACGUGAUGUGCAGGGCUUUACCAGUGGCGACGUCGAGCAAAGCUGGCGCCAGCUCAGUGAGGAUGCUCGGAACCCCGACGAUGCCGAGCAUGAAGUGCUUGUCGACCAAGGAUACGGCGAGCAGGGUGAUGACGAACAUGAUGAAGCCGAACAAGGUGACGAAGGACACGCUGACGAUCACUCAACGACAGAUGGGGGGGGGGGGUCACUAGAGGUGGAGGAACAGAUAGUUGAAGCAGCAGAGAAAAUAUUGCGCCAGACGCCGAGGAACAGCAUCGAUACUUGGGUGCUGUAUAGAAGGCUACUCCGUUAUCGACACCUAAAAAUGCUUUCGCGUGCUGUAGCGUGUGCGCUAGCAAUGCAGAUGCGAGAUCACGAAAAAGAGACACUUCGGGAGCAAGUUCCAGACAUCCGAUUUAAUAUCAAUCGUUGUCGGAGAAGGACUGUAUCAACCGCUUUCGGUUCCGCAAGGUGCACUUAG